AUGAGAUCAUUUCUAGCUUACCUUUUUUUGUAUGUUCAGCUCAUUUCAUCACCAACCAAUGCUUUUGUUUCUGCUAGUUACAGUUCUAGUGAAUCAGAAGCUCUCUUCAAAUGGAAAGCCAGCUUUUUAAACCAAACCCAAAAUAAUAAUCUGACCUCCUGGACUUACUUUCCCAGCAAUUCCACCAAUCCAAAAGCAAAAGGAAGCCCAUGCAACGUUUGGACUGGCAUUUCAUGCAACACUGCUGGAAGUGUCAACAAGAUAAACCUCACCAGUUCUAGUAUACAAGGUACGCUGCAUGAAUUUCCAUUCCUGUCCUUACCCAAUCUUGAAAAUAUUGACCUCAGUUGGAAUGAAUUCUUUGACGGCAUCCCACCUCAGAUUAGUUCCCUCUCCAAACUCAUCUUUUUUGAUCUAUCUUAUAAUAAGUUGUCAGGGAAAAUUCCACCAGAAAUUGGUCUUCUCACAAAUCUUAAGUUCUUGCACCUACAUGAAAACCAGUUAAAUGGUUCCAUUCCUCAAGAGAUAGGUCAGCUUAAGUUUCUUUACGAGCUUACUCUUUACCACAACUAUCUAGAAGGUCCAAUUCCUUCUUCUCUAGGUAGCUUGAGCAACUUGGCAUAUUUGUAUCUCUUUGACAAUCAACUUUCUGGUUCCAUUCCUCCAGAGAUGGGAAACCUCUCAAGUUUGGUUGAAAUGGAAAUGGCUAAAAACCAUAUAACAGGUCUGAUCCCUCCAAGUUUUGGAAGCUUAAAAAACCUGACAUAUUUGGGUCUCUACGGCAAUCAACUUUCUAGUUCCAUUCCUCUCGAGAUAGGAAACCUUUCAAAUUUAGUUGAAAUAGAAAUGGGUGAAAACCAUUUAACAGGUCCAAUCCCUCCAAACUUUGGAAGCUUAAGAAACCUAACACGGUUGUACUUGAACUUGAAUAAUCUUUCUGGUUCAAUCCCAACAUCUUUAGGUGAUCUGAGAAACCUUGAGAUUCUCUAUCUUUAUGGAAAUCAACUUUCUGGCACUAUUCCAAUAGAGAUAGGUAACUUGAAAUCUAUGGUAGAUUUACAGUUGAACACAAAUCAACUUAGUGGCUCCAUUCCUACAUCAUUUGGUGAGUUGAGAAACUUAGAAACCUUAUUCCUUCGUGAAAACCAACUAUCUGGAUCCAUUCCUGAGCAGAUUGGGAAUCUCAUGAAAUUGAAUAUGCUAGAAUUGAAUAGUAACCAAUUUUCUGGUUAUUUGCCCCAAAAUAUAUGUAGGGGUGGAUUACUAGAAAACUUCACAGUAUCCAACAACCAUUUGAUAGGUCCCCUCCCCAAAAGCUUGAAAACAUGCAAGAGCUUAGUUAGAUUCCAACUUCAUGGGAACCAUCUGACGGGAAAUAUAUCUGAAGAAUUUGGUGCCUAUCCAAAUCUUCAAUAUAUAGACCUAAGCCACAACAAUUUCUACGGUGAUAUCUCACCUGUCUGGGGGAAAUGUUCGCGAUUAGGAACUCUCCGAGUUGCGAGCAACAACCUGACUGGUAGCAUUCCACCUGAGAUUGGCAAUGCAACCCAAAUUCAUGUACUCGAUCUUUCUUCAAAUGGUUUAGUUGGUGUGGUUCCAAAUGAGAUUGGGAGAUUAACUUCUUUGGUGAAUCUGAUUUUGAAUGGUAAUCAACUUUGGGGUCGGAUACCUUCAGAAUUUAGAUCAUUGAAGGAUCUUGAAUAUCUUGACCUGUCAACGAACAAAUUCAAUGAGUCAAUUCCAAGCAUUUUAGGCGACUUUUCCAAAAUACACCACUUGAAUUUGAGCAACAACAAAUUCAGCCAACAAAUUCCAUUUCAGUUGGGUAAUUUAGUCCACCUGUUCGUGCUAGACUUGAGUCAUAAUUCACUUGAGGAUCAGAUACCAUCAGAAAUGUGCCAAAUGCAAAGCUUGGAGAUUCUGAAUCUUUCCCACAAUAAAAUUUCUGGUUCCAUACCCAAAAUUUUUGAACAAAUGCAUAGCUUGGUUCAAAUUGACAUGUCCUACAACCAGCUGCAGGGUCCCGUCCCCAACAACAAAGCAUUUCAAGAUGCUCCUUUGGAAGGCAAUGAAGGAUUGUGUGGCAAUAUUACAGGACUUCAACCCUGCCCUUCCAUGGAAAAUAAGCAUGCCACAAAAAAGAAUCGAAGACUCAUGUUUAUAAUUGUUUUCCCUGUUAUGGGGACAAUGUUACUUUUACUUGCCUUCCUUGGAAUUUUCUUGGUUAGAAAAAAAAGAAUCAAGAAGCAGGAUACAGAGCAGAGCGAUGUGGACCACAAAGAAGUUUUUUCCAUAUCGGAAUUUGAUGGAAGAAGAAUGUAUGAUGAAAUCAUCAAGGCAACCAAUGAUUUUGAUGUUCUAUAUUGCAUCGGAAAUGGAGGAUCGGGAAGUGUCUACAAGGCAGAGCUGCUAUCAGGUAGCAUAGUUGCAGUGAAGAAACUUCACCCAAUACUUGAUGGUGAGGAGUCGUCUCGGAAGGAAUUCCUUAAUGAAAUAAGGGCACUAGUAGAAAUACGGCACCGGAACAUUGUGAAACUUCUUGGUUUCUGUUCACACGCCCAUCACUCAUUUUUGGUCUAUGACUACCUAGAAAAAGGUAGCUUGGCUUCAAUCUUGAGCAAAGAAUGUGAAGCUCAAAAGCUGGACUGGAGCACAAGGGUGAGGAUUGUAAGAGGUGUAGCUCAUGCCCUUUCUUAUAUGCAUCAUGAUUGCUCACCACCUAUUGUGCAUCGAGACAUAUCAAGCAACAACAUUUUGCUCAAUUACGAAUAUGAGCCUUAUGUUUCAGACUUCGGCACCGCUAAGCUUUUAAAUGCAGACUCAUCUAAUUGGACUACCCGUGCAGGCACAUAUGGAUAUAUAGCACCAGAGCUGGCUUACACAAUGAAGGUAACUGAGAAAUGCGAUGUUUAUAGUUUUGGGGUGCUAGCACUGGAAGUGAUAAUGGGGAAGCAGCUGGGUGGAGUCAACUACUCUUUUUUUUCUUCAUCCGCCAAUGAAGGCAAAUUGCUGAAGGAUGUAUUGGACCAACGCCUCCCCGCCCCCACACCUCAUGUUCAUGAUGAAUUGGUAACCAUUGCAAGGCUAGCAAUAGCAUGCAAACAUCCCCAUCCACAAUCCAGGCCAACAAUGCACAGAAUUUCUCAGGUCUUAUCAUCUCACCCUGCAAGUUCCUCAGGACAACCAGAGAUUACACUUGCGCAACUCAUUAGUUAAUUAUCUGA